AUGGCGGCGGAUGUUGUAUCUCACAGCCUGAACCUCCUGGAGACUCUUAAAGAGUCUAUUGAGAACAACAAGCUGUCAGAUGUCAAGGAUGCUGUGGAGGACCUCCUGAUCAGCCGGAUCAACCUGGCCGUGGCAGGAGAGCGGGGACCCGAGAAGUCUGCAUUCAUCAACGCCCUCCGUGGUCUGGGGCCUGAGGAUGAAGGAGCCGCCCUAUCCCCGUGCCCCACUUCUCCAGAGGAGAUGGCCAUCUAUCCCAACCCUAAGCACCCUGACUUCAGGCUCUGGGACCUUCCACCCACCCCCGCAGCCUUGCCCUUUGACCCAGAAGGGUACAUGGAGCGGGUGAAGUUCCUGCGGUACAACGUGGUGGUCAUGGCGUUCACACAGAGUCUCCAGGCCAACAGCGUGGCGGUGUUCCUGGAAGCCCGCUCUGUGCAGAGGGACACUGUGUACUUCGCCCUGCUGGCCUCAGAGAAGGACACAGAAAAGGAUCUGGAGGAGAGGCGGAAGGCCAGCCUAGAGUUGUUGAAGGCCCAGGGGGUGGCCCUGCCUAAGGUGUUCCUAGUGAGGCCCUCCUGUCUGGAGAAACUUGACUUCCCAGGACUCCUGGAGGAGAUGGAGAGGGACCUACCAGAGAUCCGGGCCCACGCUCUCCUCCUGGCCCUGCCCACUCUCUCCCCAGUCCUGAUCAUCCAGAAGAGAGACGCCUUCAAGGCCUUGGUCUGGGCUGCCGCGUCACUCUCUGGUGGGGUGUCGGCCAUCCCCGUGCCCCUGGUGGCCUCUAUGGUGGACGCCAGAGUGGGUGUGAGGAUCCUCACCAAGGCCAGGGCCUCGCUCUGUCUGGACGACGAGUCUGUUGAGCGGUUGGCACGGCAACGCAGCAUGGAGCCGGCACGGCUCAAAGCCCUGCGGACGUGUAACCUGUCGGCUGAAGUCACCAAGGGGGAGGUAAAGCUUCGGCUGGCAGCGGCAGAGAAGGAGGUGACCACCAACACGACCCGGCUGAUGGAGAUGGCCAUGCCCAGGCACGCCCGCUCAGCCGGUCGUUCCUUCACUGUCAUGUUGCAGGCUCUCAACGGGGCCAUCGAUGAGAUGGUGGUUGACGCAGAGAAGAUACUGGCUGCUGCUGGUAUUGGAGAGGGGAAAUGA